AUGUCGGCCGCACAGCAGCCGUCGCGCGAUGUGCAGUUGCUCUCAGCAUGCUUCGACUGCCAGAAGCAGGAUGAUUUAAUUACUGUGGAUGAAGAUCAAAAAGAGAUUGAUGACAUGCGGCCUGAUGACAGGGCCAAUUUUUUUCAACCGAACGCUUCCGUUCUUGGGAGGUCUUUGGAGGUCUUUGAGAACUUGGGCCGUGUGAUGAGUGUAGAUGAAAUCGAACAAGCGAUACGCACCAAGUUUGGUGAAGCAGAUUGUGAUUCUGGGUUGGCUCACGCGCAAGCCGUUGCGUUGAAGGGAAUGGCAGUGUGGAUAGUUCGUCAACGAAAGAAAUCGAAUGGGUGUACAAAAAAAGCUCGGGACUGGCUAUUGCCUUUGAAACAAAAGGUUGGCGAAAAACUCAUGGUCAAGAAAUUCACCAGGAAACCGGAAGGAAGCCACAUGGACACGAUGGAGACCCAGCUCACUGGUCCAGUGGCUGAUGCUGUUCCACAGGCAAAAGAGAGCAAACAGGCAGCCUCAAACAAAAUUCCCACCGUGGACCAGCCAGCUUGUCUUGAAGCUGUCCUUCGCGUCCUAGCAAAACACCCACCUGUUGGGUUUGACCCGACAGCCCAGCACAAGAAGCUUUUCAAGAACAGAUUGCAGGCAGCGACAACAUGUGAACCAAGUGAAGGAAGGGGCGCUGAUGCUAGUACACCGAAGGCAGGAGGAACAUCAUUUGCAAAUGACCAGGAUCCGGCUGCAUCAGGGCCAUCGUUGGCUCGGAAGAACCAUAUCGAUGAAUUGCACGAGGAUACACUUCCAUAUGAGCUAGCGCCGGGCGUUAACCUACCAGCGCCGGUGGAAGUGUCUCACGCGGAGGUUCCCCCAAGCGGAGAAGCGCCGGUGAUUGAUGGGCAGGGGACAACGGUGCGGGAAGUGGAGGACCCGCGUCAAGGCCAAUCUCUUUCAAAAGGGCAGUGCGAACCGGACAAACCCAAGGCGAAGAAGGAUCAAUCAGGUGGCCCACUUUGGGCGCAUUACAAUGAGUUCAUGCGAAGGGCUCGCAGUCUUGGCCGGACACAUGAGGAAGCAAAUCAAAUAUGGAAACUGUCAGCUAUCCGCAGGACAAUCCUUGAGAACAUGAGCGAGUCUGAACGGAGGAAACGGCGACUGACGUUGCGAUACAGGCUAUUCUUAUCUGGCCAAUCCGAGGAGCAGUGUUCUUGGCAGGAGACUUUUGCCAAGUACCGUUUUGUCACCUUACAUCUCCACUUAAUUAAGCUUAAGAGCUCCGUGUUUCUGAAUGCGUGUGCUCAGAGGCGGCGCGAGGACGCUUCGGUGGCAGCAUGUUGA